CCUCCCUCCCAGCGGCCCCUCACUCGCCUACGGCCAGCGGGGAGCGCGGCAGCGCAGAGCUGCUCUUAAAGUGGGUGGAGAAGCAGUUGGGGGUAAGGAAAGUGACUAGGACUGGAGCCUGGCCUCAGCCUCCGGCUUGCGAAGUUUCCGCUCCUUUCAGUCUUCACUCUGGGCUCGGAGGAGAAACGAAAGCUAUUUGUUUUGUUUUGUUUUUUCUUUUCCUUCUCUGGCUUCAGUAGACAGCGCCACCACUGCACCCCACCCCUCCCCAUCCCACUCAACCCCCGGCUGCCGGCGCUGUAGCGGAGGCAGCUGCCAGCGAGCGAGGAUGUUCGCGGCGGGGCUGGCUCCCUUCUACGCCUCCAACUUCAGCCUCUGGUCGGCGGCUUACUGUUCCCCGGCCGGCGCAGCAGGCUGCUCCUUCUCCCUGGAUCCAGCCGCGGUCAAGAAACCCUCCUUUUGCAUUGCAGACAUCCUGCACGCGGGUGUGGGGGAGCCGGGGGCAGCGGCCGAGAGUCCCCUCUCCGGGGGCUCCUCCACAGCCCUCACCGCUCACUUGGGUUCGGUUCACCCCCACGCUCCAUUUCAAGCUGCCGCUGGAUCCCCUUUGCGACCCACUCCAGUGGUGGCGCCCCCCGAAGUCCCAGCCGCUUUCUCCCAGAGGUUGUCUCCGCUCUCAGCUGCCUAUCACCACCACCAUCAUCACCAGCAGACACAGCAGCAGCAGCAACCUCAGCAGCAACAGCAGCAACCCCAGGCGCCGCCGGCGGCACCGGCAGCACAUCGGCCUGGGGCCAUCCAGCCCCAAGUCCCCGGGGCGAGGCUGCUGGCUAACUCCCAUCACCAUAACGGUUCAACUCCAGCCCCCUCCAGCAAGGACCUCAAAUUUGGGAUUGACCGAAUUUUGUCGGCGGAGUUCGAUCCCAAAGUGAAGGAAGGCAACACAUUGAGAGAUCUUACCUCCUUACUAACUACGGGCCGGCAAACUGGGCUUCACCUCCCCGCUUUGCAGCCUUCUGCGGGCCACUUCUUCGCGUCUCUAGAUCCUAUUAACGAGGCCUCUGGUAUCCUGAGUCCCUUAAACUCAAACCCGAGAAGUUCAGUUCAGCACCAGUUUCAAGACACUUUUCCAGGUCCCUAUGCAGUUCUGACGAAGGACACCAUGCCCCAAACAUACAAGAGGAAGCGUUCUUGGUCUCGCGCGGUUUUUUCCAACCUGCAGAGGAAAGGUUUGGAGAAAAGGUUUGAGAUUCAGAAGUAUGUCACGAAGCCAGAUAGAAAGCAGCUAGCCGCGAUGCUGGGCCUGACAGAUGCACAGGUGAAGGUAUGGUUCCAAAACAGGAGAAUGAAAUGGCGCCAUUCCAAGGAAGCCCAGGCCCAGAAAGACAAAGAGAAGGACCCGACUGAGAAGCAGCCGGGAGUUGCUCCCAUUACGGAAUGCGAGAGAGAAGACAGGAGCCCCAGCCGGUCAGAAGGGGAUAGCGAGAGCAGCGAUUCGGAGUCCCUGGACAUGGUCCCCAGCGACACGGAAAGGACUGAGGGCACUGAGCAGCUAUUACACCAGACCAGCGUUAUUAAGUCCUCAUCUUCUUCCUCUUCCACUUCCUCAUCCUCUUCCACCAGCUUCAACACCACAACCACCACGACCACCGCCACGAAUAACGGCGGAGGCGGCGGCGGCGGCAGUGGCGGCGGUAGCAGCAACAGCAUCAGCAGCAACAGCAGUAACAGCGUGAACAGCAGCUGCAGCCCAGAGCUACAGACGCCGCUGCCCCUCCACUGCCCAGCUAACGAAAGCGCAGAGCCCGCUCCGCUUGGCGGGCUAUAGGCCGGCUGGCAGCUAGUCGGCUGGCAGAAGGGAGAGGUGCAUGGCGUGGAGGGUGGAGGGAUCCUUUUUAUGAACUCCUUGGCAUGUGGGCCUUUCUUGCUAAUUUAUAUCAUGGACCACUACAGGACCACAGUGACGCAGGCAAUGGCGGAGCCCCUUUCUGUAUAUAUGCUCUCUGCUUUAUGUGACUCUCACUAACUAUCCCGGAGCUUUCUCCUUAUACUAAAAGGGACUCUCAGAUAUUGAUUGGUACCCUUCCCUCCAACAUGCUCCAACGCUUACUCGACCCAAACAAGCCUUUAAAAUUUUUUGGGGGGUAAAGGGGAUUGGAGCAGGGAGGCGGGAAGAAACACUGCGAAGUGUUUGACAAAACUGUCUCUCCUCCCCUCCCCCCUCCCCACCAAGUGGUCGCGUUGCUUUCUGUAUUCUGGCCCAGCACUUGCUGCACUGGGAACGACUCAGUCCUGUAAAUAAAAAUGUUUAUUACGGUUUGUAAAGCCCGCCUGGCUUGUUGGGGAGGGGCGGCUGCCGGAGUCCAGAUGGACUGCAGCUUGUGAUCUCGGUCUUCCUCUACAGCUUAUCAAGGGAGAGGAGCUGAGUUAAGAGUAACAACCCAAAGCUUCUGCAACUAUUGUUUUUCGAAAGGCUGAUACCUGAGAAACGCUUUUAAAAAGUGUAGUCAAUAACAACCACAACGGUAAAACAACCAUCUUACUUUCCUGCACAAAAGGUCUGGGCUUUCGAAUGAUUCUCAGUGAGAUCACUUCUUGAUCUUGAAGGCGGGUGAUCACGUCUUCUGAGAACCUAGGCAGAAGAGAUGUAGGGAGAGGGAAUGGGCACCAGGCAGCCCAGAAGAGCUUUUAGUUGAGAAGCAGAUCGCCUUUCACUAAGAACUCUAACAAGUUUGCACCAAUUUCCCCUCCGCACCUUCCUUUGCUUGGAGUGUCCAGAAGUGUUUGGAAGGGACUGUUGUUAGCUCAGCUGUUCGAGUGAGUAGGGUGCUAAGGCCUGGAGGAUUCCAGGAACCAGUUAGGACAGUUUAUGUCUUUGUGGGUGGUUCAACCCAGCCCACCUCCAGUUCUGGAGAACGCCAAGUUAUUGAUGUCAGAAGAACGGUACUCCAAGAGUUCCUAAUCAGGGGGAUCUAUAAAAGCCCAAAGGGAUAAAUAGAUUUCAGAGUUCCUUGAACUUACACAGGGGAAAAAAAUCUUUAUUGUCACUAACAAUUAACUGAAAUUUAGCUUUUCUUUCAGUUAUUCAAUAAUUCUUUCAAUUCAAUAAUGAAUUUCAAUAUGCAAUCAAUUCAAUUGAUUUAUCAUUCAAUUAUUUUUAGACAUUAUUUUGAGAUGGGGUCGCAUAUGUUUUACUAAGCUACCAAGGGAACCAUGAUUCAAAAAGAUUAAGAAUCCCUACUCUAGUUGAAUGUGCUCAUUUUGUAGAUGGGGAAACUGAGAUCUCAGAGGUGAAGAAGCUAUUUACAAUAAAGUCACACAGCUGUAGAUUGUCAAAGCCUGAACUAGAACGUAUGCUCCCUAGUUCCCAAACAAUGCUGUUAUUCCAUGAGAAUAUGAAGGCAGUAAUACAUCCCACCUCCACACGAAUAAGAAAACUUAAAUUUAGUUUAUUUUGUUAGUGGGGCCCCACGCAAGAUUUUCGAGUAUGUCUUUGUUUUAUCUAUCUGUCCUUCUCACACACUCUUAGGUUGAAAAAGAGUAACAUCUAAUCCGCUACAAUUAACUGACUGCUUUGAGCUGGGUGCAGAAUUGAGUGUGCCCUCAGGGCUCCAAUUUCCAGAGCCAGUUUUCAAGAAGGUAGAGAAAAUGAGAGUACCGGCAGAUAAGUAAUUGAGAAACUGAGGCAGUUGCCGCAAGAAUCCGACACCACCUAUUGUGUUCAGGAUUUAGGAUUUGCUUCUCUCUUUUCUGUGGCUACAAGAGUGGUGAGCGAGAGAAGAUAAUAUUGAAACUUCUUUUCUGCUUCAAGUAACUGGUUCUUUCCUUGGAAGAAGUUAAGAUCUGUUUUGCCACCGCUCAGUUUCCGCUCUCGCACAUUUUUUUUUUUUUUUUUUUCAUUCCACGCUUGAUAAGUUUGCUUCAGUAGAAAAAUACUCAAUACUAGGUUCUUUUCUGUUCGAAAACAGUUCUUUUAAAUCAUAGACUUUUUUAGGGAUCCUCGGAAGAGAAGCUUAGAAAGGGAAACAGAGGUCAUGGAGGCAGGUGGGAGGAAGAAAUGGGUAAAGAUAAAAGCCCCAAUAGAGCCUUACAGAUUAGCUAGGAAUAAAACUCAUUUUAAAAGCACCCUCAAGAGCCUCAAGAUACUUGCGAUUGAUCGGGAAUACUCUGUGCAAUGAUCAAGUUGCAAAUAAAUUUCAUUGCCCUUCUAGGGCUUCAGUUAAGGCCUUUAACUACCGAUCGGAAUACUGGAGGCAAGUCUAGAAUCAUCUGACUAUGGUAACAAUUAGGAUGAUAAUCACUGCUAUUCUAACUGCUGACUAUUAAUAUAUGAAAAUUAACAACGGCAGCAGCCUAAGGCACUUUGAUUUUUUUUUUUUUUAUAAGCACGUUCUACUAUCCUCCACUGUUGAAAAUCGUCUUAGAGCCCUAAAAACUUUUCCAGAGUAAAGGUUUAGUAAAUUAGUAAAGCCUUUGGUUUAUGAGACAGUUGAGCCGAACUUGAACCGGUCUUUUACAAACGCAAUCUGUGCUCAGACUUUAAGUCAGCCCCAGCCCCAGCUCCAGCUUGUAUCCCUACUCUCCCUCUUUGAAAAGUGCAUCGGUUGGCUACCUUGCGGAUUAAGAUUUCUCAUCCUUGUAUUUUGAUUUCCGAUCGAAUUCUGAGAAGACGUAGCCUCGUUUUUUGGGGGAAGGCCCCCUACAUCCGUGGAGACGCAGGAGUGAGUUUUUUUGAGAGCAAGCUUUGGCUCCGGCUCUCGGGACCAAGCCAGGCACUCCAACAGCUUCUAGAAAACUAAUCUUUCAGGAGAUUUACCACCAGGGAUUUAGCCAUCCUUCUUCCAUGCCCGGAAAAUGCCCUCCCUUUCCCAUUGGAAAUAGAAUUAGAUUUUUAGUUUUGGAGAGGUAAGAGAGGAAGCAGAAAAAGACGAGUCUGCGUCUUAAUUUAUUAAUUAAAUUAAUUUAUUAA